GCAGCUGCUGCGGGAGCCCCGCGCCGCCCUGGGCAACGCGGGAGCAGCGGAGCACGGCGGGGCAGUCCGUCUGUCCGAGCCAGCGGUGGCGGGCAGCCGCCGGAAAAACGCCCCGGGCGGCUGCCCCUCCCCGAGCAGACCGCGGCAGAGGGGGGGACCCCUUCCCUCGCCGCGGGGCGGGGCGCGGCGGGGUUCGGCCCGACCCCUGCGGGGCCUGGGGCGGGCGGGGCGCGGCAGCUGCCGGUGCCUGCGGCGGAGGAUGAGCGGCGGCGGCGGCUCCCUGCCUGCCGGGGCUGCCCCGGCCCCCCCGGCCCCCCCGGCCCCGGCCCUCUCGGCCCGCGGCGCCCGCAUCGCCGGCGGCGCCCCGGGGCUGCUGGAUGCGGGCUUUGCCCGCUACGCGGCCGACCCUUUCGAUCGGGAGCUGAAUCCGCAGGGCAUCCUCAAUUUGGGCACAAGUGAGAACAAGCUUUGCUUUGACUUAAUAGAGAAGAGGCUCACAAGACCCGACAUGAAUUAUCUGGAACCUGAUCUCUUCCAGUAUUCUGACACGCAAGGUACUAGAAGCUUCAGAGAAGAAAUUGCCAAAUUUCUAACCGACUAUGCCAGAGCUGCAAAAGCACUGAAUCCGGAACAUAUAACUGUUAUGAAUGGCUGUUGUGCUGUUUUUGCCACUCUGUCAACUGUGUUAUGUGACCCUGGUGAUGGGUAUCUUAUUCCAGCUCCAUACUAUGGUGGUUUAAAUUUGAAAACAUGGCUAUACGGCGGAAUACAGCCUGUUCAUGUGCCCUUGUUCAGUGAGGUGACUGAUGAAGAAAGUCACCCUUUCCAGUUAACAGUUGAAAAAUUAGAAGACGCAUUACAGAGAGCUAAAAAGCAGGGCAUCCGAGUCAGAGCAUUAAUCCUGAUCAACCCCCACAAUCCAUUAGGGGACAUUUACCCCGCAUGGCUACUGAAAGAAUGUCUAGAGUUUGCGCACAGACAUGAAUUGCAUGUAAUAAUGGAUGAAAUAUACAUGCUGUCUGUUUAUGAUGAUACCACCUUCACCAGUGUUCUUAGCUUAGACUGUUUACCAGAUCCAGAACGGACACAUUUUAUGUGGGGUUUUAGCAAGGAUUUUGGUAUGAGUGGUAUCAGAGUUGCAGUAUUGUACACCAGAAAUCAUGACAUUCAGAAAGCUGUGAAUCAACUGGCUGUCUUCCAUAGCUGUCCUGGACCUGUUCAGCAUGUUCUCAGUCAGGUUCUUAGGGACAGAGAUUGGUUGGAUAAUGUGUUUUUUCCCACCAACAAAAAGCGACUUAAAGAAGCACAGACUAUUCUUGUGGAUGGGCUGGCAGAAGUUGGAAUACCUGUGCUCAAAAGUUUGGGAGGACUCUAUGUGUGGGCAGACUUCAGAAAAUUCUUAAAAUCACAGACAUUUGAAGCUGAACUUGAAUUAUGGCAGAAGCUCCUUGAUAAAAAACUCCUGAUCAGUCCUGGAAAAGCUUUUUAUUGUUAUGAACCUGGAUGGUUUAGACUGGUUUUCUCUGAUUCUUUAGAUAAGAUUUACCUGUGUAUUCAGAGACUUGCGCAAAUGUUGCACAGUUACACUGCUGAACCAGUCACAAACAACAUAUCUUCCACUGCAGAUGCUUCAUGCAAUCCAGAAAAAGAUUCUUCAGGCAAACCUUCAAACACACCAGGAGGAGGUGUCUCACAGCUUAAAAAUUUACGUGUUUAUUAAAAUCAUAUGUGCAUUUAACAUCUGGAUGCAAUUCAGCAUGCUUGUGUUUGCUAAAGGUGUGUUUGACUUCAGUUAUUUUUGUCUGUGACCUUGCAUAACACUCUCGCUUCACUGUGACCUGGCAUUAAUAAUCUUGCAAGUGAACUUGCUGAAGUUGAAUUUGGAGGAAAAUGGACCUCCUGGCUAUUGUGAAAUUAGCCCCUGUUAAGCACAGCACUUGAGUUUACUCCAUUUCAAGAAUGCAAUGUGUCAGUAAAAUUAGUAUGAGAUUUGGAAAACACUGGUAAAAUGGUUGGGCAUAUUACUAUGUAUUAUGGACUGUAUAUUUCAAUCAGAAUACUGAAAGUACUUAAUCAGGUGAUAUUCAAGUUUUGCUAACCUUUUGUAUCUUGUAUAUGUAUGUAUAUGUAUAUGUUUUAGUAUAUUCAUGGGAUCUCUCUAAACAUAUACAUCUCAAACAUUUUAUACACCUUUCUGUAUAUGCCUGCUAAGUGAGUACUUUCUGGGAAAGCAUUUAGAUUUUUGGCUUCAAGGCUCUCUUUCAGAUUAUUUCUGUGUACCUGUAUUAAUUGGAUAGUGUUUUCAUACAUUAGCUAAAAAAAACCACCCUUGAAGGUCUGUAACGUAUACUCAUUUGCCAGAGUUGUAUGGGGACUUUUUUGCUUUGUUUUUGAUCUGUUGGUUUUGGGUCUUUUUUAAAGUAUUUGCAGAGUUAAUUCACCAUUUAUUUAGGUUUGGUGAGAGAAAACUAGACUUGAAAAACUAGCAGACUGCUGCCAUAGAGGCUCAGUAGAGGGAUUGUCUCACUGUGGAUCCCUAAUAAACUUGGAUUUUGUGCUCCUGAUA